UGUCAAUGUCGUUUUUAAAAACAAACAAACUGCAAAGCAUGCAAAUUAAUUGUCACUAAAUACUAUGGAAAGACAAAAUGAUUUCAAAAAUGUACCAAACUUAUUCGAGGAAAUACUUAAAAAAAAAUGGGACGAAAUACACGAGGGACCUAAAGUGUUUCGUUACAAAAUUAAAGAAAUAAAUGAAAAAUAUUUACAAGAAAAAUAUCUAAUUCAGUUAAAUCCUGAUCGUGGCAAAAAGAGAAGGGAGCCUGAAGCUAUACACAGUCUUUCUCAACCGUUUGAUGAAACAAAAUUUAAUUUUAUGAAGGCAUCAUCUAAUGAGAUUUUACUAACUCUUAUUAAUGGAAAUGAAGAACAUGUUUUCUUGGUAAACGUAAGUCCAAUUGCACGUUACCACAUAUUAUUCUGCCCUUCCAUGGGAAGUUGUCUUCCGCAAACAAUAACACUAGAUAGUCUAGAAUUUGUUGCCGAAAUGAUGUUUGCAUCGCAGGACCGUGAUCUAAGAAUUGGCUUCAACAGCCUCUGCGCAUUUGCAUCAGUCAAUCAUCUGCAUUACCAUUUAUUAUUUGAAAAGAGGACAUUGUAUAUAGAGCAAGUGAAAUGGAAUCAUUUAAAAGGACCUGUAUAUUUCAAGGAAGAUUAUCCUGUUCCAGCAUUUUGUUGCAAUAUAAAAAAACUAUCAGAAACUAUCAAUGCUUAUAUUCUUAUAAAAUAUUUAGUGGAUAAAUCUAUUGCUCACAAUGUUUUAAUAACAAAUCGAAAAUCACAAGAGACAGGAGUUCAUGUUAUAAUUUGGCCUCGGAAAAAAACAGAAGGCGCCAAACAGUUUACAGAUUUUAAUGUUGCCAUAUGUGAACUCAGUGGAUGGAUUCCUAUUUACGAUGAAGAGACAUACAGAAAAAUAACAGCAGAACAAAUUGAAGAUGAAUUAAAGAAAUGGAAGUUAGAUGAUUUUUUUGAGCUAUGUGAAGGAAUCAAGUCCUUGUAUUGAGUACUAAGCAUUUAAAAUAUAUAUUUAUUAUGUUGUAUUACAACUAUUAUAAUAUUAGAGUGGAUAGAUGUUAGCAGUUUUCUACCUCUAAACAAGGCCUAACUAAUUAUUCACUUUAAUUGUAUUUGACUAUUGAUUAACUAACACAGAAAUAAUUUUCAUAUCAAGCCAAUUAGUUGUUGUCUGCAGUCACUAGAUAGAAUUAUUUCAAAUUUUAGUUUGCAGCUUUGAGAAAAUAGAUGUAACAGUACGUGUGACUUAGACUUGACCUCAAAUUCAUCACAGGAUGGAUUUUUCUUUCUGAAAAUAUGUAUAGUAAAAUUAUUUAAAGUUCUAAAAUUAUUUAUUCACUCACUGUAUGAUAAAAAUCUAAAUCUGUAUUAUGUCAUUCAUUUAAAAUCACAGAUCGACAAAGAUAACUUUGAAUAAGAAUAAAUAUGAUAACUUUGAAAAUUGACAAACAUUCCCAAUGUUUACAGUGUAUCUGGUUUUAUCUUCAUUUCUAUUUAUUUAAUAUUUAUUAUAAGUUAACUAUUAUUAGUUAUUAUAUUGUAUAAGUUAUUUAGUAUAACUCGAUUAUAAGCAAUGAAUCAUCCGAAUAGCAGACGGUGUUGAGGUCCAGAAGAAAGUCACCUUUUAGCUCCCAGUCAUACCCGGUUUUCCACAGCAGCGGGCCAUGGACAACACGCAUGACCAGAAACCGGUGCAUAGCUACAUCGCAAUCAGUGCAAAUAGACGACCUGGUGAACCGAAGUGGGAGCCGAUAAGUGAUAAGAAGAGCACUGUGUGUUGUUCGAAAGUUCCCUUAUCAAGCAUCAGAGAUCAAAUCGAUAGGUACAUUGCAGGCAAUUUAUUUCCUGAAGUGAUUCUAGUCCACCUGAUGCUUGCCUGGAAGAGAUCACUCUUAGAUACUUUUUUAUUUAAUAUUUUGCAUUUUUAUUUAGGUGUACAAUAAACCAUUCUCUCACUCUUGAUUAAAUAAAAGAUCUUUAUUGCAUAAUAUCUUUAAGAGUACAUAAAACUACCAAAAAAGGAGCGGGUAAUAUUUUUCAGACAUUUAGUUUGUCAGUGAAGUAGAUUCAAGGCUACAUAAGUUUAUUCUUAUUUAUUCUGACUGAUACAACAUCAAUAAUCCUCAUUCUUAAGCUUUAUCAUAUUUGCUCAUUUCCACACCACCUUUGAGGUAGAGCACUGUUGGCGC